CCCCCCACACCCAGCAGCAAAGAUGCCGGCCGCGUCACAGAGAUGUAUGCGGUUUACCGUCGGCGCCCUCGCCUGCAACGCCGCCUGCCUGGGCUUCGUCACAGGUCUCGCCAAGGCGCCAUCCCGCGGCAUCUCCACCAGGACGUCCCACAAGUCCUCCACCAUCACCAUGAGGGGUGGGCCCCUCCGAGGUCGCGAGGCUGCUGGUGAGGCUGGCGGGCAACGUCAAGGCCAAAAGGAGGCCUGGCAGACUCGCGGGCGACGGUUCCUGUCGGUGCUGCGCAGCGGUCAGCAGGACAGGGACGUGGGCGGGGAGGAUGUUGUUGACGGCUCGUCGGCAGAUAGCCCUCAGACCUCCGACGGGUUGUCGGUUGCAGUGAAGGUAGACGGAGGCGCACAGAAGGAGACCCCGGCAUCGGGUGCAGGGUUCUUGAAAGGUUUGAUUCCCAGCAAGUCGGAGAGGAAGAAGCUGCUGCCGUUGGCGGCGAUGUUCUUCUGCAUCUUGUUUAACUACACCAUCCUCAGAGACACCAAGGAUGUGCUGGUGGUGACCGCGCCCGGGUCCGGCGCCGAGAUCAUCCCUUUCCUCAAGACAUACGUCAACCUCCCGGCGGCGAUCGCGUUCACGGUGCUCUACUCCAAGCUGAACAACGUCAUGUCGCCUUCCAAGGUCUUCUACACGUGCAUCACCCCGUUCCUGGCCUUCUUCGCUUCCUUCGCCGCCUUCAUCUACCCGGCGAGAGACGCGCUCCACCCCCACGCCGCCGCGGACUACCUGUUGACGCAUCUGCCCAAGGCCUUCGGUCCGUUGAUCUCCAUCUUCCGAAACUGGACGUACGCGGUGUUCUACACCGCCGCCGAGCUGUGGGGCUCCGUGGUUGUGUCUGUCUUGUUCUGGGGCCUGGCCAAUCAGAUCACUACUACUAAGGAGGCUAAGAAGUACUACCCCCUCUUCGGCCUCGGCGCCAACGUGGCUCUCAUCUUCUCUGGCCAGUACGUGAGAUUCGUCUCGGCCUUCCGUGCGUCGCUGCCCGCACACGUCGACAAGUGGGGCGCGUCCCUCAAGCUCCUCAUGGGUGCCGUGUGCACGCUGGGCGUUGCGAUCAUCGGCAUCCACGCGCACGUGCAGAAGAACGUCAUGACGGACCCCGAGUGCGUCCCCGCCGAGGUCGGGAAGCCCAAGUCGAAGACGGCCACCUCGAUGGGCCUCCGUGAGUCAGCCAAGUACCUGGCCGCGUCCCCCUACAUCCGUAACCUGGCCAUCCUUGUGAUCGCCUACGGGAUGUCCAUCAACAUUGUGGAGGUAACGUGGAAGGGUAACCUUAAGCGGGCCUUCCCGGACCCCAACGCGUACUCGGCGUUCAUGGGCAACUUCAGCACGGCCACCGGCAGCGUGACGCUGCUGAUGAUGAUCAUGGGUAGGUUCAUCUUCCAGAAGUUCGGCUGGACCACGGCCGCGCUAGUCACGCCUACCGUGCUCGCCCUCACCGGGGCCUUCUUCUUCUCUCUGAUUCUGUUCGAGGGAACGUUCUCGCCGCUGCUGGCGUUCUUCGGCACGACGCCCCUCAUGGCCGCUGUGUUGAUCGGCGCAGCGCAGACCCGGCUGACGAGCAGUUUCUCUCCUCUGAAAACCGAACCCUAUAAACAGAACAUCUUGUCGAAGAGCAGCAAGUACUCGCUGUUCGACCCGUGCAAGGAAAUGGCGUACAUCAACCUCGACGCGGAGCAGAAGACUAAGGGCAAGGCCGCCGUGGACGUCAUCGGAAACCCCCUCGGGAAGUCGGGAGGGUCCUUCAUCCAGCAGGCGAGACAUCGACACCUUAAUCGUACAUCCAUUGACCAUGUCGUGUUGAUCGUGUCCCUGGGAUCGCUGUCCGCUUCCACCCCGUACUUGGCCGCUAUCCUUGUCGGCAUCAUCGGGGUGUGGUUUAUGAGCGCCAAGUCCCUGGGAGGGAUGAUCAAGAAGUUCGAGGACAAGGAAGACGCGGACGAAUUGGCAAAGGGGAAGAAGACCCCCAAGACUCCCAGCGUUGUUGCGGCGGCGUGACCGUAGCCUUGCAGCGGAAUCUCGCGAGACUUUCUUGACGUGUUUCCCGUUUACCUUGAU